GUGUGAACUUUAUAUUUCCUGUGAAUGUAAUCGCACCAAAGUUCAGUCUCAGGAGUCAUAUUUUAUGCAGAAAAAAAUAUAAAAACCAAAUUGAAAAUUUUUCCAGAAAAUACUUCAGAAUAAUGUGUUGUCUUGCAUUCCUGAUUAUGCAUUUCUAAAUAUAAUAAAGCAUAGGUUCAUUUGACUGUCAAUAGCUGUAAAUCUAAAAAUACAUUUCUUCUAUUAGGUUGUUUACUAUGUCAUUGGCUGAUCUACCAGAAACAAAUCUAGACAGACAUUUCCCCAGUGUGGCCUUAGAAAACGGCAGGAGGUCUGCACAGUCCAGGAGGAACAGCCCCAGUUUUCAAAGAAACAGUAACGCUUCGGAUAAGAGUGUUGAUUAUAGCAGGUCUCAGUGUUCCUGCAGAAGUUUAAGUUCUCAGUACGAUUAUUCAGAAGACUUUCUCUCUGAAUAUUCAGAAACAGCUGUUACUAAAAAUUAUUUAGAGAAGCUUGUAGUAAAAGAAAAAAAGGAGGAGAAGAAAAACUAUAAUGUGUCUAAAAUCUCCCAGCCUACAGGCCAGCAGGAAAUCUCAGCCGAAAAAAAGCACAACGGGAAUGCUGCCUUUUUUAAUUCUCAAAUCAAUAUGGUUAUGCAGAGAAGAGAUGCUAUGACUCACCGCGUACUCUCAGCAAGACUUCAUAAGAUUAAAGAACUGAGAAACGAAUUAGCUGAUCUACACCGCAAUCUGGAAGCCACAGCCAUAGAAAACCAGUUUCUGAAACAACUUCAGUUUAGGCACUUGAAAGCGAUAGGAAAAUACGAGAAUUCACAAAAUAAUCUACCUCAAAUUAUGGUUAAACAUCAGAAUGAAGUAAAAAAUUUAAGGCAGCUACUUAGGAAAUCCCAGGGAAAGGAGAGAACUGUGUCUAGGAAACUUAGAGAAACAGACAGCGAGCUGUUGAAGACGAAAGAUGCCUUGCAGGCCCUGCAGAAGCUUUCUGAAGACAAAAACCUUGCAGAGAGGGACGAACUUACUCAAAGAUUGUCUGUUCUUACGACAAAAAUGGAGGCAAAUGACAAAAAAAUACAGAACUUGGAGAAACAGCUGAGGCUGAACAACAAAGCCUUUACCCGGCAGCUGGCCAGCGAGAGCCAGAAAACCUUAGCAGCUCACGCAGCUACGAACGCUCUGCAGCUGGAGGUCAAGCGCCUGCAGCAGGAACUUAAGGAGAAGGACCGAGAGCUGGAAAUUAGAAACAUCUAUACUAAUCGAAUACUUAAAAAUCUACAUGACAAAGAAGAUUAUCCAAAAGUUUCUUCAACAAAGUCAGUACAAGCAGACAGGAGAAGUUUUUCCUUUACAAGUGUAAGACACCAGGAAACCCAAAAAUCAGAAGAUGUUCCAUCUCUGGCAACUAAGGGUAAAAAGACAACAGGAAACAUUGGGCGUAAAGAAAAACCGACUGAAAUAAUCUACGCACUUUCUCACUGUAUCAGCAAAUUCCCAAACCAAGAGGAUUCCAAGAGAAAACAAGAAGACUUAUCCCAGGACGGGGGGCGUCCGGAAGCAGAGCCGUCUCCGGAGAACGCUGGACCGCAGAGAGAGAGAGUGGCCGAUCCAGACAGGAAACCCACGUUACUGAAGGACCAGGAACUGCCACCGAAAGGAGCUCAGGUGGCCCAUCCCGAGGGGGAAGGCGGCCAGGAGGACGAGCCAGGAAGAGAAGAGUUUAGACGAAGUCCGGAAGUCAACGACAUGGGCGACGAGCCGCAUAAAAACGCCGCUCCAAGUGUCAAGACAGGGCUCCCCGCCGGGGGCCCGGCCGCCCCGGGCGGCGCCAGGGCCGCGCUCGGCACCGGCCGGCGUCGCGGGCCCGCGGGGGAGCCGAGGCCCGAGGGGCCGGCCGGCGCCGGCCCGCCCUCCUGCGGGAAGUCUUCCCGAGCAAGAGCGAAGGACACAGCUUUCAGGGAGAAGAAAAGCGUUCUGAUGGAAGAGCUCUUCGGCUCAGGGUGCAUCUUAAAAAACGACCAAGCCGGUCUUGCUGUCGUUAAAGAGUCUGAGGAGAGGCUGCAGAGUGAGAUGCACCGCGUGCCUCCUGGUCAGGCCUCCGCCAGCAAUGCUUUCGGAGAUUCUAACGUAACUGUGGUCAGUUCUAUCAGGUCAUCUUCACCGACAGAAGGAAAGAGGAAAAUAAUUAUUUAA